GUAGGGACUUCUGACGAUGAGCUCUUCUGUUGGAUUCAGGAGCAAUACUUUUUGCUUCGGGGGCGGCUCGGCGCAUUCAUGAGCAUUCGCAUAUACUCGCACUGUGACUUCUACAUGUUCCACAAAUACGACACCGAGAUGUACAGUCCUGUCGAGCAACAUUCGUUCCCCGGGAACGAACUCCCCUACGACUUUUCGCCCAAGCCUAUGCGCCCUGUUCCGCCAAUAUCAGAUGACCAGUUCUACCACCGCUUCUAUGCCUGUUAUAACCCAACAAGCCUUCACAGGCUAUUUCACAAGUGCCGCAAACGCUGUGGCGACAGGGCAGAUGUCGGCAGUUUCCCUCUCCGUCGCCAUGGUCUUCAGGUUGAGGACACGAAGAAAGAAUACUUUUGGGGCAUCUACGUUGUCACACGCAUCUCAUUCUUCAGGGUUGCGGUCUAUAGUUCUCUCUGUUGCCUGCCGGGGCUGGUCUUCUUCCUGUGGAUGUUUUCCUGGGGUCAUUCUGGGGACUUGCAAAACGCCUUCGUCCCGGUUUGUUUUUCACUCGCGAUGCUUGCCGUGUUUCUCUCAUUUGUUAUUGUGGAUGCAUUUUCUUCCAGGCGGCAGUGUCCCGUCAUGAAGGAGAAGACAGUGUAG